GACUAGAACUCACUGUCUCCUGGUGACUGACCCAAAGUCACCCAGCUGUCUUUCAUGCCUAAGGCAGGACUAGAACUCACCGUCUCCUGGUGAUUGGCCCAAAAACAUCCAGCUGACCUUCGUGUCUAACCUGUGACUAGAACUCACCCUCUCCCAAUUUCUAGCUUGGCGCCUUAAUCAUUAGACUCUACUGCUGUGGUCUCUGAAAGACAUGCAUAAACUUUGGAGUUUAUGCAGUCCAAAACCACCUUCAAAACUGGGCCGGCAGUUGAACCAACCUUGUUCUCCAAAUACCCUCCGCGCCUCCUGACGGUUCAGAAAAUCCUUACGCUAACCCUGCGAGGUUAGCGAGCCGGCGUUGCCUGUGUGUCCGCCUCAACGCGGGAGUCUCCAUGCGACACUUGGUCCCCAUGGUGACGUCGGCGAAGGAAGAAAUGGCCAAGUUUUGGGAGAAGAACACUCGGUCUAAACGGCCGUUGUCCCCGCAUAUCACCAUAUAUGGGUGGUCCCUGCCAAUGAUGAUGUCCAUCACUCACCGCGGGACCGGCGUGGGAAUGAGUUUAGGUGUGUCGCUUUUCGCGUUGAGCGCCUUGGCUCUUCCUGGACAGUUUCCCGACUACCUGGAUAUGAUUAAGUCGCUCAGCCUGGGACCUGCUCUAAUUUAUUCUGCCAAGUUUGCUUUGGCCCUCCCUCUAACCUACCACACCUGGAAUGGGAUUCGGCAUCUGGUCUGGGACAUGGGCAUCGGUUUCAAGAUACCCCACCUGUACCAGUCCGGUGCCCUGGUCCUUAUCCUGACGGUUCUCUCUUCCCUUGGGAUUGCUGCCAUGUGAAGAGAUACGAAACACGCUUCCCCUCCCCCCCACCCCCCGCUCGCUCCCCAACUUUUCUAACUUUGCACACACACACACACCCCUACAAAGUUGGUUCAAUCAAGGACUUCGGUUUGUUAGUUAGGAAGAUAAUCGGGAGGGGUUUUAUUACCACCGUUGCAAUCCUACGGAGACCGUUCUCCUGGUAGGAUUUUCUCAUCACGAUUAUUAUUAUUCUUUUUCUUAACUUCUUUUCAUCGCCAGAGGCUCCAGUUUUACCCGAGGGAUUUUUUUUGGGGGGGGAGAGGGAGGGGGGGUUCUUCUUCUUCAAAUCCCACCGCUUAAAAACGCGGCUGGGCUUUUAGAAACUGACAUUUCUCCCACCGGGCCAAACGCGAACCAUCUUUAGCUCUUGUCUUUGCUUUCUCGGAACAAUCCUUCCCUUUGAAAACAAAACAAAAAACCAAAAAAAAGCUACAGGGCAGCGUGCAAACGGGCGUGGGCGGCACGCCCAUUUCACAAAGGACAACACCGUCCAUUGAGAGCAAACUGGCACGAACGAAUCACACAAGCCGAGGUGGACAACCUCCAGUCUGGCUGAUGAUUUUUAAUUUUUUUUUUUUUCCCCAAGUGGGGCUCGGAGGGAAGAGGAGGGGGAAAAUUGAAGGCAGGAGGAAAUCUUGCAGUUUUCUUUCUCCCUUCUGCAGGAGACAGCCUCUACCUUUGCAUUAAAAAAAAAUU